UUGGCGUGGGGUCCCGGCUUCACUUUAGCCGGCAGGAGCUUGUUUGUUUUUGAAUUGUAUUAGUUCCUAGUAAAGUAGUGGUUUAAGGUUUCGCUUGUGGGUUUGAUUGCUGUGCAUAUAUUUGGUUCAGGACACAUUUAAUGUUUAUUUGAUGUAAAAAUGGCCCAGAUUCGAUAUACUCGGAAUCUUUUCUUACGUGGAAUGAGCAUUAUUUACCUGUUUGCUUUUACAUCGUUAUACGUUCAGAUACCUGGGUUGUAUGGCAAUAAUGGAGUGCUUCCUGCAAGAAUACAGUUGGAUAGCAAAGCAAAGACUCUGAGUGGCAGGAUACACACGAAGCCUACGCUGUUAUGGCUAGCCCCAUACAUUGGUCUUGACACGGAGUACAUGAUGGAUGUGUUGGCAUUGCUGGGCAUCUUUCUUGCCUUCACAGGGUUUGUCUCGCAGAAAUUCUGUACAGCUCCAUCAUUUGCAGGCCUGUGGUCACUGUACUACUCUCUAUAUCAAGUGGGGGAGACGUUUAUGAAGUUCCAGUGGGAUAUAUUGCUGUUGGAGGCAGGUUUCUUAUCCAUCCUUGUGGCACCACUGAGGUACCAGUCGCAGUCGAAACGCCGAGCAGUCACUGCAGCACUUAGUGAUGGUAUUCCGUUUUGGCUUGUUCGCUGGCUGCUGUUCCGGCUCAUGUUCCAGUCAGGAGUUGUAAAGCUCACAAGUGGAUGCCCCACCUGGUGGGGGCUUACAGCUACAGCAAUUCAUUUUGAGUCUCAGUGUAUCCCAACGUCACUGGCCUGGUAUGUCCAUCACUUACCAAGAUGGCUUCUCAAGCUUGCAACAGUUUUCACUUUUGUCAUUGAGAUUGAAUUGCCUCAUCUGUUCUUUUUCCCUGUCCGUUCAGUUCGGAUUAUUACGUUCUUCCUUCAGGUAUGUAGCACUGUCACAUUAUAUAUUUGCAUAUUGUGGUACAUAUGUACAUGUGUUGUGUGUGUACGUGCACGCGCGAUGCAAUGUCGGAAUUUCAAAGAAUAUGUUCAUAGAACAUGCCCUCCUAAUUAUAGUACAGUACGUCUGUCCGCUCAUCUUAGUGAUGAUGAAAUUACAGGUCGCACCAGCGCGUGGAGUGGCGUGAUUAACAAGGUGGUGAAUGCCCUUGUAUAUGGAGGAAUAUUGUAUACUACUAUCGCCAUGUUUUCAGUCAGACUAACCCCUUCACACAUUGAGAGUGAUGUAGCAUUCACAAAGCAGGAGUUUGACUGGUUGCUGUCGUUUCUUGUUCCCGGCUCUGUGUAUCUGGGUCUCAGUGCCUUGGUGCCAAUAUUGACCGAAGCUCUGGCUGUAUCCAUUACAGACAUUCCUGGAACCUUCGCCAAGAUUUCAGCCAUCUUAACCACCCUUUUUUAUACCAUAGUUGCAGUGUUCAUCUUUGGUAUCAGCAUUGUUCCCUACUCAACCCUUCACCCUGCUGGUAACAGUACCGUCGUCCCUGCCCUGCGUCAUUGGCAUUCACGUCUAGACCAUCUGCACUUGACCAAUGCAUAUGGCCUCUUCCGAAGGAUGACGGGUAUUGGAGGACGCCCAGAGGUUAUCCUAGAGGGCAGUAACCAUAUUGAUGGACCAUGGCUUGAAUACAACUUCUUGUACAAACCAGGCAAUGUCAACUCCACACCACCGUUUGUUGCACCUCAUCAACCACGUUUGGACUGGCAAAUGUGGUUUGCUUCCCUUAGUCCAUAUCACCAAAAUCCAUGGAUUCUGAGUCUGACUUACAGACUUCUUCAGGGUCAACCUGAAGUACUGCGUCUGCUUGAUACAUCACGAAAUCCGUUUCCAAAUAAGCCUCCCAAAUAUAUCAGAGCCAGCCUCUACCAUUAUCACUUCUCUCCAUGGUCACAGAGGUGGUCUGAUCCUUGGUGGACACGGGAAAAAGUCAGUGAAUACUUUCCGAUUUUUUCGCGUGAUCAUCCACCAUUACUUGACUUCCUGCGUCACAUGAAAGUCUUAAGUGGAGCAUCAGAACGAGAGGACUCGGUGUCAGGAUCACAGGUGGCUCCAUGGCUCAAGAUGCUGUUGGAUCGUCUUCGAUAUCUGGUAUCUCACGUUGAACCCAGCCUCCUCCUCUGGUCUGUCUUCAGUGCAGGAUGUGCAAUCAUCACCACUUCUGGAACCACAAGUCAUGCCGCAACACGGAGAUAGACAGUUAUCUCAGGUUUUCUUGGUGAUUUCUUAAGGCUUCUAUUGACACUUUGAUGAUAAUACUGUGGUAUUGUUGCCUGGUGUGAUAUUUUAGAGAACUUGACUGUCUUUAUCAGAAGUGACUUCGGCUUGAAAAUGGAGACACACAAGAUCUCUGAGAUAUCAUCAAACCAGCCAGUAAGAACAUUAUGUUACCAUCCAGAAGUGCCUGCCGACAUAAGCCUCAAACAAUAGGAUCUCUGAACAGUCAUUUCCAGUUAAAAGUAAUUUCCUAACAUGCCAGAAAGCAGUGGUGGACAGAGCAGCUGUCUUUAUUGUUAAGUGCAGGCAGGCUGGUGAGUAACUGAUCACUUGUAUGAUUGUCAUAAUAUACAUGUGUUUGCUCAUGCAUUUCUUGUCUCUUGAGUCUUCUAAGAGCCUGGAAAGCUGAUUUCAGAAUUUUCUUGUGCGUGAUCUUGUUAGUAUUCAUUAUUUUUGAUCUGAGAAAGUACCAUUAUUGUGUUCUUGUACAAGUGUGAGGUCAUAAUGAACUUCUACUUUUUCCUCUGUGUAUCUGAGUGUGAAAUAUAUGAUUUUGUUUUA